AUGUUACUUGAACAUGUUGGUCCCCAAGUUACAGCAAUGGUGGCUGAAAUACCUUUUGAUAAUUAUCCACAAUUAAUCGGUCUUUUAUUCGAACAAAAUCAAAUCAAUGCUACUAAAGUCAUUUACAAUCUUAACGAUAGCACAUCUACAGAUGAAAUAUACAUGCGUCUUCUUAACAUAAGAGAACGAUUUAAUUGUUCAAUGGAGAUAUUUCACGAUGAAAUUCAAAAUUUUCCUAUUUUUUUCUCUGAAAGUUGGUCACCUCCAGCGAGUCAAUUCCAGAUUCUUGAUAAACAAACAGAUGAAUUUCGAAAUGUUGCUAGUUACUUUAAUGAUGAUCAUCAUCGAAUUAUUCAUGUUGAAAGAAUUGAAAAUCAAGCAUGGGGUAAAAUAUAUGAAGAAGAGAAGGAAAAAAUUGAUAAACGUAUUUGUUCCAGUCAAACUGAUCGCAUUCUCUUUCAUGGUUGUCUACGAACAGCUUCUGAAGAAAUUUUACAACGAGGAUUUGAUAAAAAAAUUGUCGGUAUACAUGGCACAGACUAUGGUGAUGGAUUCUAUUUUUCAACGAAUCCAAUGAGAAGUCAUAUGUAUGCUUUGCCUGAUCUAUCACGAUGGGGUGAACGAACAAUCUUCGUAUGUCAUGUUAUAGUCGGUAAAACAUGUCAUCCUUAUUCGACGAUCGAACCCGAUAAAAUAGAAUACGAUUCGAUCACUGAUGGAUCAGAGAUUUAUGUUGUCUCUUCAAAUCGACAAAUUUUACCGAAAUAUCGUGUUACAUACAAAUAUAUUUCGUGA